CAGGCACGCAUGUGGGCGGGGCCUCGACCUUGGGUCCCGCCCAGCCACGGUAUGCUUCCUCUUCCGACGAGAGGCGGGGCCCCGGCGUCCGCGGGAAACCCAGGCUGGUGGUUCUUUGCUGGGGGCAGCUGCGGGAAUGGCAAGCUUGGGGAGCUUGGUCCUGCGGCCUUGGAUUCGAGAGCUGGUCCUGGGGUCAGAUGAACUCUCAAGUCCGCAGGCGGGGCAGCUGCUCGAGGUGCUGCAGGAGGCCGAAGCCCCCGGCCCGUCCCGCGCCCCUGACCCGUCUGAAGUCGCGGCCGCGCUGCUUGUGUCUGACGGGACCCACAGUGUCCGGUGCCUAGUGACGCGGGAGGCCCUGAACGCCUCGGACUGGGAGGAGAAGGAGUUCGGCUUCCGAGGGGCAGAAGGCCGGCUGCUGCUGCUGCAGGAUUGUGGGGUCCGCGUCCAAGUCGCCGAAGGCGGCGCGCCCGCUGAGUUCUACCUCCAGGUGGACCGCUUCAGCCUGCUGCCCACAGAGCAGCCCCGGGAACGGGUGAUUGGUUGCAACCAGGACCCGGAUGUGCAGAAAAAGCUCUUUGACUGUCUGGAGGAGCACCUUUCAGAGUCCAUCUCCCCCAGUGCAGGCCUUUCACUGUCCCAACUUCUGGAUGAGGUGCAGGAGGACCAGGAGCAUCGGGGGGCGCUAGUGCGCCUGGCUGAGAGCUGUCUGAUGCUGGCAGGCCCUUGCACAGCACCCCCCCUCACCCGCUGGGCCUCCUCCCGCCUUAGGGCCACGGGAGAAGCUGUGUACACAGUCCCCAGCUCAUGGCUGCACAUCUCUGAGAAUGACCAGCGAGUUCUGAGCUCUCUGGGCGCAGGGCAGAGGGCACAGGGCCCUGAGCUGCCCCCACCAGACCCAGCUGUGCAGGACCUAUCGCUGACCCUCCUCUCUCCUUCCUCACCUACUUCCUCAGGAACCCCAGCUUUAUCCAGCCACAUGUCCUCAGAGGAGAGCGGUGCCAGCAUCAGCCUUCUGCCUGUCCUGUCCUUGGCUACUUCAGACCCAGUGCAGAAGGGCAGCUCCCAGGCUGUACCAGCCAUCUGUUCAGCCCCUGGCCCCCGGCCCCCCAGCUCCCCACACCCUAGUCAUGUACCCAGUUCCCCACUCCUGAGCUGCACCCCAAGUCUGUCACCCCUGGGCCAUGUACCCAGUCCACAUCAGGCCGUUGUGACCAGGGCCCAGAAACCUAGCCUGGAGUUCAAGGAGCUAGGGUUGCCCCCCAAGAAAUGGCAGCACUCUGCAAGGACAAAAACGAGCACAGGAGCCCUGGAGUCCAGCCCUGUUUGGGACCCUCCAAAGAGGCAUCGUGAUGGUUCUGCCUUCCAAUAUGAGUAUGAGCCACCCUGCACCUCCCUCUGUGCCCAGGUCCAAGCUGUCAGGCUCCCUCCCCAGCUCGUGGCCUGGGCCUUGCACUUUCUGAUGGAACCACAGCCGGAUUCUGAGCUAACCCAGGUGUGAGGGAGCAUGGGGGAGGAUGUAUGCACACAGAUCCAUGCCUGGGAUAGACAAACAGUGCUCCACACUCUGCUCCUUUGAGUUUUUUAA